ACACAAACGAAAGAAAUAUCAAAUUCUUCAUUAAAAUUCGCAAAUUCACAAAAUUCAUAAUUUCGCAUUAAUUAAAAUAAUCAUUAAUAAAAUCACUAAAAUUCGCUUAAAAUUAGCAAAGAACAAAUAAAAACAAAUAUUUACUAUACCGCAAAUAAAUCCUCAUAAAUUGUUCUUCAAAUAAAAAUGGUUAGAUAUCAAUGCCAAAUUUGUAAAAGAGAAUUUUCAACUUACGGCGGUUUAAAACAACAUGCCAAUGCUAAACAUCACGGGAAAAUGAGAUCUUCCCAACUAAAUGAGUCACCAGUAAAGCAAAGAUCUUUGUUGCAGCCAUUAAGAGAAAUGAUAAAAUCAGAACAUGAUGCAGAACUUUGGAGCACGUCAAUUAUUAUGCCAAACCCAACUACUUCGCAAGAAAAGCUUACAUCACAGGAUGAUGAUGAUGAGAUGAAGCAAUUUGAACCUUCAUCUCAAGAUGAAGACUUAGUAAAUAUUGCAAAUGAGUUAGAAGAUGAACCACGUUAUCAUUUGCGAAAAAGGUUAUGGUCAGAAGAGAGGGUCGAAGCAAAUUUUGAAGAAUCAGAAGCAGAAUUAGAAUUAGUAAACUUUGAAAAUACUGAAUUCAUUGAUCCUGAAGACCUUCAGGACUUUAAAGAAAAGGUUGUUAAGACCUAUAAUAAAAUUAAUUUUACCCUCUACUAUCGCCCACUUUUUCGUGCUAUUCAAGCUCUUCUGCAACGACCAGAAGUAGCCAAUAACUUUGUCCAUAAAGGAAUCCAAAAUAAAAUGAAGGAUGAUAGAGGUGAAACAAGAAUAUUUGGCGAACCUUUCGAAGGUAACUGGUGGUUAGAAACUGAAAAGAACCUUCCAUCAUUAAAUCGACUAUUGUCCAUCAUUUUAUACUCAGACGCAACAACUUUCGAUGGACUUGGGAAAUCAUCAGGCCAUCCAGUUUUUGUAACUCUUGGUAACAUUCCAAAUCGUGUUCAAAAUUUGCCGGAGGCUAAAAUUCUUUUAGGAUUUCUCCCUAAAGUCCAAGAUACAGGAAUCAAAACAACUUUUCAAAGCUUACAGCACGAUGUAUAUCAUAAAUGCUUCAAAAUUAUGCUCCAACCUUUAUUAGAAAAAUCUGAAGCGCUAUAUUUUGGAAUUAAUGGACAAGUGAUUACUUUCGCUGCACGGAUAUCUUUUUUUCUAGCAGAUAUGCUUGAAGCUGAUGAUAUAACUGCAACAUAUAAAGGAGCGCAGUGCAAAAUGCCAUGCCAUACUUGCAUGGUUUUGCAAAGUGAUCUGAACAAUAUGAGUCUUAAACUAGAGAACGUACCUCAUAGAACUCAUGAAAAUAUGAAGCAAGUAAUCAACGAUGGCCAAGGAAAGGAGUAUUCUGUGCAUUCUGUUGAAAAUUCCUUCUGGAAAUUUCCGUAA